AUGGAGGACGAUGAAAUUACACGGCUGCGACGUCAGCUUGCAGAAAAACAGCGUCGACUUAAAGAUGCCGAGAAUCACGCAGCACAAUUAAAGCAGAAGCUCCGUCCCACUACAUUGAUGGAAUAUAUCGAAUUCUGCCAUGAGCUGGUUUUCACCAAAUUUGUCGUCGAGACAAACAAAAGCCUUACAUCGAAAGGCUCCAUCACGAAUUCCCAGAACAAGUUAUGCCCAACGCGCCUUUUGCCCUGGCCGGAUUUUCUGGAACAGCAGAGAACAGCACACGGAAAGCUUAUUCACGUCUUUCCUUCCCAGACCAAUGCGUUCCAGAGUCAUGCCUAUCUGCAUGGCCUAGGCGAAUGCAUCUCCAUGAAACCAAUUGCUAGCGAAAAGGAUCUGGAACGUUUCUUGCAUGACGGUGUAGAAACCCCAGUCAGGCUUAUUUUCGAUCGCCUAAAAACUUUGCAGGAAGUGAAAAACCUGUUUGACAUUGGAGACGGUAUUGUUUUCGAGAACCACCCGAAUGCUAUAAGCGACACCAAUGAAGAGGUUUGCCAGCGACAUACUACUCCGCCACCACCACGAGAUUCGGCUAGCAGCAGGCUGCGGGCAGAUCAGAUUUGCGUCUACAAACAUAAUAAUACGGGUUCACUUGAACGCAGCAUCGCGUAUAUCGUCGAAUACAAGGCUCCGCAUAAGCUUACCCUGCAACACCUCCGUCUCGGUCUUCGCCAAAUGGAUAUCAUCGACGAGGUCGUCAAUCGCCCUACAAUACCAACGGCCCAGAAUCCAGAAGAGCGGUUCCAGUAUCACGCAGACCGGCUAGUAGCAUCUGCAGUUACCCAAACAUUCCAUUACAUGAUAGAAGCAGGGCUUGACUAUUCAUACUUAACAACCGGCGAAGCGAUUGUCUUUUUACAUAUCAAUUGGGCAGAUCCAGGCACCCUCUACUAUCACCUAGCCGAGCCGAGCUCAGAAGUACAGGCGCACCCAGACAGCUUUCAUUACUGCACAGCUGACGAGCGUGAGUCAGCAAUCGCAAGCUUAGAAAAGUGGACUGUGGAUCAUGACGCCAUUCUGCGAUCUAUUCCGGCUACCGAUAAACCGACGCCACAGAGCUCAGCCUGGAAACCAAAAACAUACAAAAACAAACGCCGGGCGCCUCUCCCGUUCGGAGAAUCGCUAAUAGCGCCGGUCGUGAAAACCCGCCCGGACACUAACAUACCUAAGAAAACCAAGACGCCAGAAUCAUCUGAUGACGAGCCCGAGAGCUGGGUAGGUUCUUCCCCGAUCGCGAGCCGGCUCAGAAGCCGUGUCCAAUCCCGCCCACGGGAACGUCAAGACUGUACUCAACAGCAAGGCGCUAGCGAUGUCCAAAACUCGUCUCGCCGCCAAUACUGUACGCAAAAGUGCCUCCUUGGAUUGGUCCGGGGGAAUCCCCUCGACCAAAAAUGUCCCAACGUUACGUUCCAUCAAUGCCAACGAACCAAUAACCAUCAUCCCGUCAAGUAUGCAAAAUGGCUUCAACUCCUGAAGCAACAGCUUCGCCAGACGUUGGAUGACGGAGUGGUACGUCUCGAGAAGCAAGGAGCACGGGGCGUUUUGUUCCAAGUUACGCUGCUUAUGUACGGCUAUACUUUUGUAAGCAAAGGUACGGUACCGGAGUUUACAAAGGAUCUCGAACACGAAGCUAUGGUGUAUCGUCAGCUGCAGUUUUUACAAGGGGACAGCGUGCCCGUUUUCCUCGGUGCAAUCGAUCUUCGGGACAUUUCGCGAACUUACUACUAUGACUUGCGAGUGCGCAUCACGUACAUGAUGUUUCUUUCUUGGGGAGGGGGCAGCUUAGAUGAUACCGGGACAGCACAUUUGAUGGGGGAAGAUCUUAACCAGCAAGUCGUCCAGUCUGUGCAGGCAUUGCAUAAAAGGGGAAUAAUCCAUACAGACGUCAGGAAGCCGAAUAUUUUAUGGAACCAGGAGAAUCAUAAGGUUAUGAUAGUAGACUUUGAGCGCGCAAUCCUGACAGAUUCCCAACAGCAUUCCCUAGCUCCGCUGGUAUCUAAUAAAAGGGGACCAGCACGGGAACUCGAGGCUUACGAAGCUGCAGGAAAGCGGCGUCUACUAGCUAAGGAUGAAGUGGAAAUGAGUAGGGAUAUCAUGCAGGCGAGGCUAAUACUUCAUUUCUAA